AUGUCGGUGAGCCAGCCGCAGUCAGGAAGAGGUGUGCCGUGUUUACGCUGCAGAGGGACAUGCAUGGGCUUCGAGCCACAUUCCUGGAGGAAAAUCUGUAAGUCGUGCAAAUGCAGCCAGGAGGAUCACAGCUUGAGCUCAGACGUGGAGGACGAUCGGAAAAUUGGGCGCCUGCUGUCAGACUCCAAGUACGCCACGCUCACCGCCCGGGUGAAAGGAGGUGAUGGCGUUCGCAUUUACAAAAGGAACCGCAUGAUCAUCACCAACCCCAUCGUCUCUCGGAAAGACCCCACCUUUGACACCAUCACAUACGAGUGGGCUCCACCAGGGCUCACCCAGAAGCUGGCCAUGCAGUACAUGGAGCUGAUCCCGAAGGAGAUGCAGCCGGUGGCGGGGACGGACGGGGCGUACUAUCGCCGGCGGCAGCUGAUGAGACAACUCCCGCUGUACGACCAGGACCCGUCCCAGUGCCGCGGCCUCGCCGAGGGCGAGCUGAAGCUGAUGGAAGACUUUGUGAAGAAGUACAAAGCCGAGGCGCUGGGCGUUGGGGAGGUGGCCCUGCCGGGCCAGGGCGGCGGUGGGAAGGAGGAAGGGAAGCCGCAGGACAAGAGCAUCGCUGCCGGCAAACCCCCCGAGUCCACCAACGGGGCCCUGGAGAGCGCGCCCGCAGGAGGGGACUACCGCUGCGAGACCUGCAAGCAGCCGGUGCCGGCGGACUGCCCGGUGGUCUACGCCGACAGGGCGGGCUACUCCCGCCAGUGGCACCCGGCGUGCUUCGUCUGCUGCCGCUGCUCCGAGCCCCUCGUCGACCUCAUCUACUUCUGGAAGAGCGGGGCCGCCUGGUGCGGGCGCCACUACUGCGAGAGCCUCCGGCCGCGCUGCGCCGGCUGCGACGAGAUCAUCUUCUCGGAGGACUACCAGCAGGCAGAAGGGAUGACCUGGCACAAGAAGCACUUCGCCUGCCUGGAAUGUGAGACGCUGCUGACCGGCAAACCCUUUACUCUGGACAACGCCAGCCUCCUGUGCACGACCUGCAGCAAAAGCAAACGCCUCUGA